GCAGGCCGAGGUAAACAGAGCUAGUACGCUUGCGCACACCCUUCCCGGGUCACGUGCCGGCUGGGUACAGGGCCUCUGAGGUUGCCCCCGGCCUCUGGCCGCCUGCUCUAAGGGACCGUCUACAAACUGACGAGAGACUUCAACCUUUUCCCUUAGGGCGCGGAUUCGGGUAGAAGCGGAGUGUUCGGUCGGAAACGCCCCAUCUUCCUCCUGGGUGGGGCAAGUGAGGCUGAGUUCUGGGCCUGUGGGGCGGCGCCGUAGCUUUGUGGGACAUGGCCCGCUGUGGGGACGCGAGCGCGGCCCCCGUGGUACUUCAGGGGUCCCCGGGAGUUUGCAGGAGAGGGUUGCAAAGGAAGGGGUCCUGUGAGCGGCGCCGGCUGAAGGCGUUGGUGUCGGAGCAGCUCAGCCAGGAUCUGCUCAGGCUUCUAAGGGAAGAACUCCAUUCAGAUGUUACUUUCUCUGUAGGUUGUACUUUGUUCAAAGCACACAAAGCAGUUCUUUUAGCAAGGGUUCCUGACUUCUAUUUUCAUACUAUUGGACAGACAUCAAAUAAUUUAACAAAUCAUGAGCCCGUUACUGUGGAGAAUGUUGAAGUUUCAGAAUUUAGGACAUUUUUACAGAGCGUGUAUUCAUCAAACAAAGAUAUAAACAAUGAAGAGGAAAUUCUUAGGAAAAAGAUAGUGGAGAGUGAGAUAUCACAAAAGAAACUUGACUUCAGUUUUCAAAAGUAUAAAAAAUCAUCUGAUUAUGCUGUUCAGAAGCAUGAAAUUCCAGAUGAUAUCACUGAUAUAGAUGACAAUUUAAUUUCCAAUGAUAACUAUGAAUUGGAACCUGCAUCUGAAUUAGGAGAAGAUUUAUUGAAGCUUUAUAUGAAACCUUGUUGCCCAGAUAUUGAUAUUUUUGUUGAUGGAAAAUGUUUUAAAGCUCACAGGGCCAUUUUAAGUGCCAGAUCUAGUUAUUUUGCUGCAAUGCUGAGUGGCUGUUGGGCUGAAAGCUCCCAAGAGUAUGUUACUCUUCAAGGGAUAAACAAUUUAGAAAUGAAUGUUAUGAUGCAUUUUAUAUAUGGAGGAACUUUGGACUUUCCAGACAAAGCUAAUGUUGGUCAGAUACUCAAUAUGGCUGAUAUGUAUGGACUAGAAGGAUUAAAAGAAGUAGCAAUCUAUAUUUUAAGAAGAGAUUACUGUAAUUUCUUUCAGAAGCCUGUUCCCAGAACGUUGGUAUCUAUACUAGAAUGCCUGAUUAUUGCUCAUUCAGUUGGAGUGGAAAGUCUUUUUGCUGACUGCAUGAAGUGGAUUGUAAAGCAUUUUGCAAGGUUUUGGUCUGAAAGAAGCUUUGCAAAUGUACCCCCUGAGAUUCAGAAAAGCUGUCUUAAUAUGUUGAUUCAGUCCUUAGUAAGUACAACCUAAAUAACCAUUUCGUGUGUAUGUUAUCAAAAAGUUUAUUCAA